AUGUCGAGAGCGAACUCGAUGACAUGGGAGUCCCAGAAGGAGAUGGACCAUGCAAGAAGGCUGCAGGUUGACAGUUGGCUCAUUCCCGGAAACCGGCAAUCCAUCAACUACAACUUGAUGUCGUACGAAUCGAGGCGAUUACUGAAUCUGAAUGAGGAUCUCACCGCUUGUGAGGAGAACUCCAUCAUGUCUGACAGCAAGUUCGAGGUCUCUCGCUUCCAGGUUACGCAAAACACUUGGAAAAGCUCUCAUCCACAUCAGCCUGCGGCCACACCAACUCCCGAGGCGGCGCCCACGCCCCGAGUGUCGCCGCUUCCCCGGGCCACUCCGAUUCCUAGGGCCAACUCCGAUGUUUCUCUCUACGCCCCAGUUAGACGGCGCUCGAUGGUGCAGACACCGGGAGUCGCGACACGUAUUCCUUCAGCAUCAGAUUUUGCCGCCUCAAGGAGAUCAAGCUUCCGGCACAGCAUGCCAACUACGCCAGCGGGUGGGCGAUCGAGAUUAAAUUCCAUUGAGGGAGGAUUCAUGGCGCUGGACGAACUUGUAGCCGAACCUGAGCCCCUCCCGGAGCUUCUGCCGCCGCCGGUACAGGAGCCCGUUGAGCGUGCCCUCACACCUUCAGACAUGGAUUAUCGACCGCUUGGGGCAAUGAAAUUCGGCUCACUGCGCAUCACAAAUGGCGCCGCCAGCCCCAUCCCCAGUCCGGAUCUCGAAGCCUCAGAAACACACCGGGCGAUGGCGGAGCAACUUGCGAGUGACGAUGGAACGAGCGGAAAGGAGUACGGCAACCAGGACGUCGAGAUCACAGUAUCGCCGGUACAGCCGAGCAGUACUUCCAAUGUUCUGAGCCCGGUAGGGACGGCCACGUUGGUAAUAGACUUGCCCACUUUGGGUGAGAACUCGCCGCUCAGCCCCGAACUGAAGGUCGCAUCAAAGCACACAGCUAUGGAAGAUGAGCUGUUCGAGGACGAUGUGCAAGUCGAAUAUUCUGCCGAGGUCCUGACUGUCAGAAAUGAUCCCAACGCGAAACCGUCUCUCGAGCAACUGCAAGCAGACCAGUCUCAGAAAUUGAGCCAGGGUGUUGCGCGUGCUGAUAGCGGAGUCGUUACCAGCCCAACGACGGAAUACCAGCCUAAGCCGCUCUCCAAAGCUGAUUCCGGCUACAGCUCAAAUGUCUCACUGAGGUCGUUUAAUGCCAAGCAAAAUGCACGCGGAAAGGAUCAACGUAUCCGUGUCGCGUUGGAGGAAUCAGGCGACGAAAAGCCCAAUUCCGUCGUCGUACCAGACGCAACGGUUCCUGCUGUCGGCCCUAUUAAUGUCGGUCAAGUCGCGGCCAAUGCUGACGGUUCUGGUUCUGAUUCUGCAUCUUCUACACCUCCACCUGUUCCUCCGAAGGACGAUUAUCUGGCUACGAGCGGUAACACGAUGACGAUCACAUCGCCCAGACACCUGCAGUUCUUCAACCUGAACGCCAGUUCAUUCCGCUGGGACCGCAAGACUUCGGUUUCUUUCGAAAUGGCUCAGGCUUCAGAGACCGGCCCCGCCGCGCCGCAGCCCGCUCCAUCUGCACUGCCGAGCGGCUCGGCUCCCGAGACGUCAAACGCACCCAUGAUCAUCGGCAGCGGCUCGCAACGACAAAGCAAGUUGCAGAGGUUCCUCAGUGGCUCGAGCAUGCGAGGCCCACCGGCCACUCACACCAUUCAUCCUGCCGACGAACCAGUUCCAACUGUACCCCAAGAUGUGCAGGCGAAGCUUGACGAGCACUCGGGACGAUUCCCAAUGUCGACCAAGCGAUUGACCCUGCGCAACAGGGAAAGCAAGGACACACUAAAAACAAUCUUCAGUGUUGGUAGUGUUGAUGUUGGCCAAGCAGAAGACAAAGACAAGUCGGAUUCGUCGCCAGUGGAAAGGACGAUUGUUGUCAGGAAGCCGGUUGCUCAAGCGGCUGAAGCUGAUGACACUCCAAAGACACCCAAAACGCCCAAGACACCCAAGACUCCUAGGCGCCUUUCAUUCUCGAUUGCACAAGCUGCAGCUUCAGUAAUGCCGCGACGCUCAAUUCGCCGGAAGCCAGUUCCCUCGAGCACCACAGAAAAGGCUGCUUCAGCUGGCCAAGACAGUGGCGAUGAGAUCCGGGAUGGCUUCGAGUCCAGCGUCACUGCUAUCGGCAAUGUGGGCGAGAGCGUCGGUAAAAGCGCUUUCGACCAAGCCUUCAUGGCCAUGCCGCAAGAAGACAACUCUAUGAGACCAAAUGAGCGGUCCUUCACGAUGACGCCACAGAUGGAACGCAGCAUGGGGAUGCAUCUUCGUGCACAUGGCCAGAUGCCGUCAAUCAACAGCGACCGCCUCCCGUCGCCACAGAGCCACCUGUUUCCUGAGAGCGUGGAUAGCUUCAGCAAGAGAAAGACAUCGCCGCCAGUCAGCUUGCAUACUCGAAGCGGCAAAAGCCUCCGGAAACCGGCUCCUUUGCGACCCAAGUCGUCCGGCGAGGGUCAGCAGAGACGGCAAAGUCUGUCGAGGCAGAACAGCCGCGAGACAAUUCACAGCUACCCCUCAGCAUCACCAGGCGCGGGAUCACUUGACGAGGCCUUCGUUGUCCCCCCAGUCCCCCCCAUGAGCCCUCGAAGGUUCACAAUGCUCGAGCAGCAAGUCUCAGUGCGCCGUCAAGCAACUGAGGACAAGUGGCGCCCAACGAAUCGGCAAAGCCUGCAUCCCAAUGACGCCCGCCGUUCCACGCGUAGCAUGUCGACUACUACGCUUCCAUUGCACCCUCCUCAGCUUCGCCACCGUGCAAGCUACGACGGCUAUUCUCAGCAGUACCAUGGACCGAUUGCUCGCGGUCCUGCCCCUGCUGGGCAACCCGCCAGUCAAAGCGGCGCCUACUACCAGCAGCAGCUCCUGAAGGUCGAGCAGCAGCAAUGGGAGCAGGAGGAUCAAUUCUCCUCCGAUAUUGUUCAGCUGAGUAGGAGCCGAAGCCGCAGUCGCAGUGUUCACGAGCACCCCAACCCACCGUAUCGUGUGUUGCACAGCUACAACUCGCCUGCUUACCGCAACGCACCCAUCUGGGGUUGA